AUGUCACUACAGCACGUGCUCAGUUUGGUCGCUCUCUGUCUAUCUCUACUUGCGCCCUCAGCCUCCGACACACCAAAAGCUGAUCGGGCGCAGACACCAGCAUGGCUGGGCUGGGGAAACGGCAUCUUUAACAACCGAUUUCAAGAGACUGGCUCCUCCGUGGAUGCGAGGUCAGCUUCCUCGCUCAAGCCACUCUGCCAGAUCGAUUAUUCCCCGGGCGUCAGCGCCCCGCCUCUUGUCCAGAACGGAGUCGCCUACUUUCCCACCUGGUCAGGCCUUCUGGUCGCCCUUGACUAUGCAACUUGCGAGACGGUCUGGCAGAUCAAUAUUACCGAGCUCAUCUUUCGCUCUCCCAAGACGACUGGUCUAAGUGUUGGCAUAACCAACGUGUCACGUACCACGCCGGUGAUUGAUGGCAACGUGCUGUAUACCGGAACGCAAGCGAAAUGUCUACUCUUGGCGAUUGACGUGAGCUCUGGCCAAGUUAUGGACCAAUUGUCGAUGCACGACCACCCCUUUGCGAUUCUUACAUUGUCUCCUACGUUCUACAAUGGCACAAUCUACAGCGGUGUGUCCAGCCAGGAGGAGGUGGCUCUGGAGGUAGACCCGACAUACACCUGCUGCUCCUUCAAGGGAACGAUGAACGCUGUCGUGUUUGAGAGCGGGAAACUGAAAAUCGUCUGGACCCAGUGGAUGAUCCCGGAAUCACUCUCUGGGUGGUCGGGCGCGGCGAUCUGGGGCUCCCAGCCCAGCAUACAAGUAUCUCGCUCUCAACUCUUCAUCGCCACAGGGAACACCUACGACGUCCCCGCCUACGUGGACGAAUGUCAGAUCGCGACGGGGAACAACACUGCUGAAGUUGUUCCUGACCCGUGUCUCCCAGAAGAGAUAUACCAAGAGUCUGUUGUGGCCCUCGAUCUGGCGACAGGCGCCGUCAACUGGGUUCGACACCUCGGCGCCUUGGACGUAUACACCGUCGCUUGCGACUGGACUUUGGGGAUCGACUUUGGCAGCGGACCACCAGCCUGCGACGUGGUCCCCGGUCCUGACUAUGACUUUGGAAUGGCACCUACCUUCAUCCCAGCCUCGACAAACACACCCUCGGGUCUCGACACUGUUGUCGUGGCGCAAAAGAGUGGAUGGAUCUUUGCUCUGAGCGCAGAGACGGGAGACGUGCUGUGGUAUAACGAUGUGACGCCCGGGGCUAACGAGGGAGGAUUCAUGUGGGGCAUCGCAGUGGACGAUAACUCAGUUUACUACACGGCCUUCAACUACGCUCGUGUCCAGUACGAAAUCCAGCUCAGCGGCUCGAGCAACGACACUGUGAAUGUCUCGACCAGUGUCUUUGGGGCUCUCCACCUCAUCGACGGGAAGGUGGCGUGGCAGGUCCCAUCCCCACCGAACACCAGCAGUAUUGUACAGCCAACAGUUGUAAACGAUGUAGUGAUCACUGGUAUCUCCGGUGUUCAGACCGAACCUAAUGUGGACCCUGUGGCCCCAGGCAGCAUGUUGGUGUUAGACAAGGCUUCAGGCAGCAUUCUGGCAGAGUAUGCGCUUGGGAACGUUUUGAGGGGGGGUCUUGUUCCAGUGGAUGAGUAUCUCCUGUUCGGGACGGGAGACAAAUCUUCGACUGGCUUUCCUGGACUGUUCAACGUUUAUAGUAUGAACCAAUAG